AUGAACGCAAAUGUCUCGUCGUUUUUAAAUGAAAAUGAACAGGUAGCAGCAACAAAUUCGUCCUAUUAUUGGCCCGCAUUACUGCUUACCUCAUUUGCAUUUAUUGGUAUUAUUGGAAAUUUAUUAGUGUGUUUAGCUAUAGCAACAGAAAAAAAAUUACAAAAUAUAACAAAUUGGUUUCUAUUUUCAUUAGCUUUAGCUGAUAUGCUUGUUAGUGGACUUGUUAUACCAUUAGCCAUUGUUAAAGAAUUUGCAGGUUCGUGGAUAUUGGGACCUAUUAUAUGUGAUUUAUGGAUAUUUUUGGAUGUCUGUUCAUGUACAUCAUCUAUAAUGCACAUUGUUGUUAUAUCAAUUGAUCGUUAUCUAGCAAUAGAAGAUCCAUUAAAUGCACGAAAUCGUAAUCGUAAAUGUAAAAUAUGGGGACUUAUUAUACUUGUCUGGUUUGUAGCCAUUUUUCUCUCAUCUCCAAUCAUUUUUUUGGGUAUAAUUAAUCCAAAUAAUGUUAUUGUUAAUGGUCAAUGUUUAUUAAAUAAUAAUUUAUUUAUAACCUAUGGUUCUGUUGUUGCAUUUGUUAUACCAUUAUGUAUUGUUAUUGUCAUGUAUACAUUAACAGUAAAUAGAUUAAAAAAACAAAUUAAACAAUGUCAAACACAAUUAGCUAAUGAACAAUUGGCAAGAGCUGCUAGUCUUGCAGCAAAACCAUUUCUUAGACGACAUAUACCAACAACAACAACAACAAUAGAAAAACGAUUAUAUAUACCAAUGACAAAAUUAAAAAAUUCUGUUAAACAACCUCGUUUAGAAAAUAUUGAUCAAUGUUCAAUUGAAACAGAUAAUAAUUCAGAUGGUGAAUUAACAAAACCAAUUGUUAAUAGUACUCAUCAUCAACGUAUUAUUAAAGUUGUUGAAAAUUCAUUACCACCAUCAUCUGAUGAUAGUGAAGAUGAUAUAACUGAAACAAAUCAAACAAGUACAAAAUUAAGUAUUUCACCAUCAUCAUCAUUUCGUCAAAAAAUUCAUUCACCUCAUGCUGAAUAUUUUCAAUGUCCAAAAAAUCCAUUUUGUCAAUUAAAAUGUACAUGUCAACAUCAUCAUCAAGAUCAUGAACAACAACAACCAAUUGAAAAACAAAAAUUAAUUAAAUCUGGUGCUACGACACAACCAUUAAUAUCUGAUCAAACUCAACAAUCAAAAUCAUUUAUUAAUUAUUUUAAAAAUGUACGUCAUUAUAUAAAUAGUGGUGGUAAUAAUAAUAAUGAACAUCAACAUCGACAACAACAUCAAAAUUUACAAUUAGAACAAACAAUAAAACCGUUUAAUGGUCAACCAUCAUCGAGACGAACAAAACCUUAUAUACUUAAUAGUCGAUCAAAAAGUUCAGCGGUAAGAAAUGAACAAAAAGCUGUUAAAGUACUCGGUGUUGUAUUUGUUAUAUUUGUUAUUGCUUGGUUUCCAUUUUGUAUUAUGAAUUUAUUACAAGCUGUAUGUAAAAAAUGUUCGAUUAAUAUACAAAUUAUAAAUAUUUUAUCAUGGUUAGGUUAUGUAAGUUCAACAAUAAAUCCACUCGUCUAUACAAUAUUUAAUCGUAAUUUUCGUAUUAAAUUUAUUCAAUUAUUAAAAUUUCAAUAUUAUUCAACAUCAAAUUUAUAUUAUUUACAUCAUAAUCAACAUACUACUCGUUUACAACGAAAAAAUUGUUUAAUAAUCAAUGAUAUUCAACGAUUUAAUAAAUAA